CGCUGUAGUCGGAUUACUUUUUUUUCUUCAUUUCUUUUGCGAAAAAAUAAGUGUCGUGUUUCAAAAAUAGCACUCCAAAUAGAAUUUCGUGAGAAAAGGAAAUAAUUAUAUUAAUCCAUUUUGUGUAAUCUUCCUUGUGAGAAACAUUAUUUGUACACCGCAGUUGUCAGCGAAAGGCAAAAUUUAGGCAAACUUUGAGUGGAAAGAACAAUUGCUGUGUUCCGGAAACAGAAGGUGUCACAUCAUCAUAUUUGGAUUUAUUAUCUCUUGAGCAGAAGGACAUCGCCUGCCGGCGCGGAAACAUCUUAUAUGACUUUUGAAAGAUACAGAGGUAAGGAAAACACACACUGGUAUGCACAAGAUCAGGUAUUUGGGGUAUUUAUGGGGAGCAUGGAUACAUAACCAAACACUUUGUGGGGUACAAUCAAAAUUUAUUUUUAACAUCCCAAAAUCCCUGAGCCACGUGGGUCUUCUUUUGUUUCAAUUAAGAACAGACAGAAUGUUGCAUUGUAGAUACAAUAAUAGGUAAUUGUAGACUCACGUAGGCGCUCACGUAUGGGCAAAGAAGCUGCUGGAGAAAGUGAGAGUGUUCCCUGCAUACGAGUCAAGUAGGUCCAACAAAAUGCCAGAGAAGGACCUUCAUCAGAGCAUUCCAUUCCAGUAGAACAACCAAAUCCAGUUUAGCUCAGUUGCAUAACUAGUUUCUUACGAUAGUUUUCUUCUGCAAAACUCCAAGACUUCACACGUUCUGGACGUAGCACAUUUUAUCUUUAUACUUUUUAUCAUUUCCUUUCUCACCAUUCUCUUCUCUACUCUUAGUUGAUGUCAUGGAAUUCUUUAGGCAAAAUCUAAUAAAUAAAUCAGGGAAUGCGAUAGUGGAAGGAAAUGUUGCCAAAAAAAACUCACAAAAUGCACUGAUUGUGUGGAGGGAGAGAGAAAAAUAAAAAUGUUUAGAACAGUAAGAAAAAAAACCUCAUGAUAUCAGCAGCAAACACACACCACAUAUGUGAUAAGAAGAAAAUUAUAUUAAAUAAGCCACAAUGGGGUUGACCUGACCUGACUGACUAUCGAUCGUUUAUUUAUUUUUUUAAUUCUCCAUUCUCAUUAUGGAAAUCGAUCCGAUUGAACGCGAGAUAUGCGCCACUUCUGCUCAUCUUAGACAUACAUUUCAAUUCAAUUUAUGCUGCUGAUGUUCUCUCUCUUCGUGACGUGAUUGAGGGGACACCACUCCACACACGCACAUGGAAGAAAGAGCCCGUGGUAAAUUCGAUUACUCGCUGACACAUCAAUUUAUUCAAAUGCAUAAUCGGUGGGAGUUAAUCUGCCAAAUAUUCAUAUAUAUUCACAUACAUUACAUACAUUGGGCAUUCACCACAAGAUUAAUGAUUAAUAGACAAAAAUGGAUUGGCUGUGAUGUUUGGAAACUGACUGAUAAGAACUCUCUAAUAUUGCACGACAUGUUAGUAGGGAUUUUGCUGCCAAACUUGCUAAUCAUUUGAUAGACUAGCAUUAAAUGAGUUUUGAUUUUUUUUGCAAUUUUACUUUUAUUACUUUAUCCCUAAACUAGAGAGCUUUGGGGAUACAUUUUGAAAUUCAAAACAUUUUUUUGCAUCUCUCUUAGUCUUAAAAUGUCGCUUAAAUAAUUAAAAAAAAAGUAGUAGAUCUUUAAUUUGAUUAAGCAAACAAAUCAAGGUUACUGCGUUCUAGCAAAAAUUACAAGAAAAUAUAAUAAUGAAGUUGUUUCUUCACUGAUAAUAUGCGAUUUUUAAAUAAUAUGUUAUGAAAAAGUAUGGUAUAAAGAAUCAGGAAACUCAUAUAGGUAUAUUGGCUGUUGAGCAUAUUGGUGAAUAAAGAAUUUUUAAAAGAUAAAAUUUGAUACGCAAAUAAAUAUUUUUUUUUGAAUAUGUAUAUUAGUUGGUAUACCACAAUCGUGGCAUACCAAGUAUUUCUACGAAUAGAGAUCACAGCUUAAACAGCAGAUUUAUUAUGUGUAUAGAUAUGCAAAUGUUUUAUUUCACUUUAUUUGAUGAUUACACAUUUUGUAAUUGAGAAACUAACAAGGGUGAUAAAAAGUUUAAAAUCUUCAAGUUUUCAUUUAAGUCACAUUAUUUUGAAGUUUUUUUUUUACUUUACUAUUGUCUUUUUAACUGUUAUUCUUUUACGUUUACUCGUGCUAUUUUCUUUAAGGCUUAAGAAAAAUCUUUUUAUUGAAAAUUGAAAUCUACAGACAAGAAUGAUUUAAAAAAAAAAAAACUAUAAAAAGCUCAUAAAGUCAUUUUUCUUGAUAGAGGCUUCGAUGUAUCUUCUAAAUUGUAUGCGAGAGCGGGAGCUCUGUGUGUGGUGGAGCAUUGCCCGGAGAAAUGAUUUCAAAGUCUAGAAAUGUCGGUGAGACCAGAGCGCAAGCGUCAACCCCCCAUUUUCCCUGAAUUUUCUUCCGCUCCAACUUGAAUCACCUUCCUUCCUUAUCCAUUUACAAAUGAUUUGGUUAUUUCUCUACAAAGAAAUUUUCAAAAGAAUAUAAAAAAAAAGUUAAAACCAUACAAAACCUCUGCGUGUCUUUAAUAAAAAAAAUUGUAUGCAACACAAUCGCCUUUUUAUGCUGCAAAUAAAUUAACAUUGUGGCUUACAAGGACAUACAAUCCCUGAGGGGGAAUGUGUGCGAGUGAGAGAGAAAUUUAUGCGAGUAUGAGCACAAUCAAUGGAAAACGGGGGAUGGACAUGAAAGCUCUAAAACGAGGAGCUUUCCGGGCUCAAUAUAAUUCCCUUCCAGCUGCUGCAGUGCAGUUCAUUGAAUACUUCUGAGCUUGUAUGACGUAUUCUGUGCCAUUUUGUGCCAAUAGCACGAUUAUAUAUUUGAAAAUUUCUCCUCUGUUCCUGGGCAACAACAGGAAAGUUUAUUGAUAAAGUCUUUGCAAUAGAAAAUUUUAUUAAAACUUGCAACACUUUAUAGUUCGAAGGCAAGCUUGUGGAAAGUUGAUAAGAGUUGUGCACGAAUUUUGAAAACUAAAAGGCUAUUCAAAAUUUUAAUGCUAAAUUCUCUCUCUCCCUGUCUCUCUGAACACGAGAUUCACAUUUUAAUACAUUCGUGAAGUGAAAACUCAUUUUAUUGAUUUGUGUCUCUCUUCCUGCGAGGCUUUCCAAAUUCCUCUUCCAUUGUGUGGUGUCGUGUGUGUAUUUAACGUCUGGCAGUCUUUUUUUUUUAGAACAAAAGAGGCGUUUUCGUGUGAUUACUCCUUUUUCGGGGGAUCCUCGUUUGAAUUUUCCUUUCAUUCUCUUUUUUGCAAAAAAAAAAAUCCAAAGAACAACCAACAAAGUGAGAAAAGUUCUCUCUCCCUUUUUAAAAGGAAAAUCUUCUUCUGGAGAGUAGAGAGAAAAAAAAAAGAAAAAAACUUUCGUACAAGAAAACUAGAACAUUAGAGGGUGCGAAAGAAGAAGAGAAGAAAAAAGACAAUUCAGACAUUUUCUAACAGUGUGUCCUGUGGUGCACUCGUGAAAGAAGGCAGUAAAAUAAAAAAGAGAAAGACUGUGUAUAUAUAAUACGGGAAGGGUUGGGUGAAAGAAAAAUUAAUUAAUAGUCAUUUGUGCGGUGCUACAGUUGGGAAACGUUACACUGAGGUCGACAGAGGAACGCAAUUUAGCGCUCCAUCUUAUGGUGGGCGCUCCAUUGCCGGAAGCACCCGGCAUUUUCUACGAAACACCAGUACUACAAGGGACACCUCCAUCUCCCUCCAUCACAAGAAAUCAUCGUGGCAGAUCGUGCAUGAUUUCUCAUAGGCGGUGUUUAAGUCAUAGGACUUCAAAAUUUUCCAGCAAUAGACAUCGAAAAUUGCAGCCAUUCAGGGAAACGUGAGACCCCAGACGAGAGAGUAUAAGCCACAAUACACAAUAAAUAACAACAAAAAUCAAUAGCAUCUCCACGCGCGUACUUUAAACGCGUAACUUUUUAUUUACACGAGAAAACAAAUUAAUUCUACCCUCCCCAAAAAAAUAGAUUGUGGGGUGUUACAGGAAGAUACUUUAAGAACCAUUAUUUUUUGGAGGAACAAUUUUUGCGAGAUUUAUUGAAUUCAAGUGGCACAGAAAGGUCUUUGACAAUAUUUCGACGAGAGAAAAAAACGGAAAGGGGGAAAGUUUUCCCGUAAAGGAAAUAAAAAAAAACUCAAACUCCCUGGGACACUGAGGAACGAGAGAGCUUGUAUGCAAAAGAGAGAUAAUUUUACCAAAGGGUACUCCAUCAUCUGUUGGCUUGCUUUUGGAGAAAAAAAAAACAUUACAAACGUUUUAUUUGACUAUUCUUUUUUUUUUGGCAAAACCAAACAAGAAAAUAAGGAGUUUUCCUGCCAUCAUAUAUGCAUAAAUUAUCAGUUAAAUUUUCUAAUAGUCGGGAGUUGCUGAUAUUUCCCCAUUUUAUCUCUAUUACGAGAUUGAUUUGUUCCACUACGUGCUCUCAGUGAAAUUUAAGAGAAGGAGAGUAGACACCCUCAUGGUAAAAUUUGCAGAGAUUGCGUUAAAUCAAUGCUGGAGGAUACAAGAAAUUGAUGCAUUCAACUAAUUGUCCAAAUUGAGAAGAAAAAACGUGAGAAAGAGUCCUCAAAGGACCAUCUACAAAGGAAUUUGCUCAAUUUGUAAAAAAUUGCUGUGUGGAGAGGAUUUACAGAGAUAUAUUCAUUUGCAUGCUAAAUGAUUGAGGAUUUUGCAAAUUUUGUAGGAAACAAAAUCAAAAAGUAAAAGGAAACAAAAUUUCAAGUCAUUUGCCAAGCAUCAAUUGGAUUUAAAAUAAUACCAAGUAAAAAAAAAGGAAAUAAUCUUCAUUUGAUACUUUUUGGUGGAAAGGAAAAAAAAAAGAAAGAAAUAAAAUCACUUCAAGAUGGCUACUGUCAAUGUUAAUCGCAAAGUCACCGAUGACUACUACCGCUACCGGAUGCCACGGAUUAAUGCAAAGGUGGAGGGAAAGGGAAAUGGGAUAAAGACGGUGAUUGUGAAUAUGGCUGAGGUGGCAAAAGCACUGGGGCGUCCAGCAAUGUAUCCAACCAAGUACUUUGGAUGCGAAUUGGGUGCUCAGACGCAGUAUGAUCACAAGAAUGAACGUUUCAUCGUCAAUGGGUCUCAUGAUGCGGCAAAAUUGCAAGAUCUACUCGAUGGAUUUAUCCGGAAGUAUGUCCUAUGUCCGGGAUGUGACAAUCCGGAAACGGAAUUGCUCGUAUCCACGAAGAAGGGAACAAUUUCUCAAGGAUGUAAGGCAUGUGGUUUCCAUGGGCCACUUGAGGUGAAUCAUAAGGUGAACACGUACAUCUUGAAGAAUCCACCGAAUAUGGAUCCAACAGCUCAGGGGGCCUCCCUAACUGAGGGUAAGCGUAGCAAGCGCUCCAAGAAGGCCGUUGAGAAUGGUUCUGGUGGCGAGGGAAGCACCAAUGCGUCAUCGUCGGCAAUGGGUGGUGGAGAAGCGGAUGCUGCCAAUGCCAGUGCGGGGGAUAUUGUGGCUGAGCCACCGGAGCAUGGUGAAGAUGAUACGUGGACAACUGAUGUAUCUGAGGAGGCAGUUCGGGCACGUAUGCAAGAUCUCACGGAUGGUGCAAAGUCCAUGACAAUAUCUGAUGACACGGAAAAGAGUGAACGUGAGCGUCUGGAUAUUUUCUAUGAAUUCGUAAAGAAGCGUCAUGAUGCUGGACAAUUGGAUAAUGUGCAGGUGCACAAAGAUCUUGUUGCCGAAGCUGAUCGUCUUGAUAUUCUCAACAAGGGCCCCCUUGUCCUCGCGGAGAUUCUCUUUUCAGCCAACAUUAUUGCUGAGGUGCGCAAGAAUCGUAAUCUCCUUUUGCGCUUCACACACAACAAUCCAAAGGCACAGCGCUACUUGAUGGGUGGCAUUGAGCAGAUCAUUUCGCUCCAUGCUGCCACUUUGAUGAGCAAAGUUGCUGGCAUUCUCAAGCUGUUCUAUGACAAUGAUAUCUUGGAAGAGGCUACCAUCCUUGAGUGGGCCUCAAAGGUCAGCAAGAAGUAUGUUUCGAAGGAGGUAUCUCUGCAAAUUCACGAGAAUGCCCAACCAUUUGUCAAGUGGCUAAAGGAGGCCGAAGAGGAGGAAUCCUCCGAUGAAGAUGAUGACGAUGUGGAGAUUGAGUACGAUGAUCGUGCCAAGGGUGAAUUGCGUAAGGAAGUAACACCAGCAAGGGCUCCAGCAAAGAAGGUUGAGGAUGACGAUGGCGAAGAGAUUGAUAUUGAUGAAAUUUAAAAAAAAAAACAAAAAAAGUUUGGUCAUGGCAAGAAAAGGCAAAUAAGAAUAUAUUUCAAUAUGCAAGCCGAAGAUGGAUGCUUACACAAAACUUUUUAUUUUCUACAUAUUAUCCCCCUUCCCCUUAUCUUAUUAUGUACACCACUUUUGAGUAAAUUGCCUAUAUAUCAUAAAGAAAAUUGCCUCUAUGUGAAAUGAAAUGAAAAAGAAAAUCCUCAGAGCAGCGUAUUGAAGGAAAAUUGUUUAAUAUGGUGUGUAAAAAGAAAUCAGUUCAAGUCUUACUUUUACUAAACAAAAAAAAAAUUCAUUGCAUGUGAAAGAGAAAUUUCAAUGGUGCAAGUAAUACAACACGAAUGGCUAUAUAAAAAUGAUUUUUAAGACAAUUUUUACCAUGAAAAUUACAAAAAAUAUUUAGAUAAUUAUUGAGAUACAAUUUGCCAAUAUUCGCUUAUAAAAUACAAGAAAAUCAUUUUCUUCAUACACAAAUAUUUACACGGAAAUUUAAUGAAGAAGAUGAAAAGAAAAACAGAUUUUGUAAUGAGAAAAAAAAUGAAAUUAGUUCGGAGAGAUAUAAUAGCCAAAAAGGAAAAUUAAUAUGAGGAGAAAUGGAGACGAUACAGCUUGUGAGACAUCCCCGAGGAGGUAGUCAACGGUUUGAAAGGAAAAUUGCUAUUAUUUGUAACGCUGGAGAAAACAGUGAGGCAGGAAAAAAUUGUAAGAGGACAAUUUUCAUAUAUCUAUAGUUUAUUUUCCCUUCAUUCUUUAUUCUCAAAUAAAUAAAAUUAAAAAUAA